AGUACAGGCUUGUACAGUAUCAAUCAAUACAGCUACCUACAACAUUCAACAUCUCUAGAUCAACGUUGAUCAACCGCGCGUUGGUCAAUCAAGAGCCUCACGUUUUUUUUUUUUUUGGAAGAAAAUCUCAGAGUCCACCAGUUCGUAGCUGAUAUUAAGUGAAGCCAAUUUAUAGACUAAAGCAGGAAUAAUGCGCGAUCGGCCAGCGGCGGCGAAUAAGGUGACAAAGAAGUCGCGAAAUGGACCUCGCGGCGCAAACGCGAAAGCGAGGUCCGCAAAGCGAGCCAGAAAAUUCCAAAGCGAAUUGAAUGAUAUGACCGCAUCCCCCGGCUCAAGCAUCGCAUCCGAAGUAGAUGAUGAAGCCAGGUCUUUGGAUCAGUCCAAGUCAACCAAACAAGCACGAGGCCGACCCAAAGCAUCCAAGGACCGAGACAAUAUAAACAGUUCCACGGUUCAGGCAAACGAUAAUGGAGAUGCUGAUGACACGAGUGGCGUUGAAGAUCAAGAUUCGAAUGGAGACGAUGUUCGGCGACAACUCUCCGAAUUAAAGAAGAAAUAUUCGAAAUUAGAAGCAAGGUUUCAGGAGCUUCAGGAGCUAGGUGUGAAGAAGGCAGAACAAAACUUCGAGCUACUCAAGGCGCAAGCCGAUGAAAAUACAAGAGUGGCCAAUGAGUUGAUCGCGCAACUCAAGGAAGAGAUAGCCGAGCAAUCCAAAUCUAUCCAGCGAGCAGAGAAGGUGCAGGUACAGCUAGGCCAGAGCGAGACUGAGGCAGACACUUUGCGCACCCAAUUAGCACAGGCGAACCAAUCACUGUCGCAGGCCAAAUCCGAGACGAAGACGCUUUACACAAAACUGGCGGCGAGUAGGCAUAUUGAACCAAACAAUAAAGGAUCAGCAACUGGGAAUCGGGCGGCGGUUGCGGAAAAGGAAAACAAACAGGUCGCCCAGCAAGUCAAAGAAGACUUGUUCGCUGAUCUGACAGGCCUCAUCGUCAGAGAUGUGCGUCGCAUUGACAAGGAAGACGUCUUCGACUGCAUACAGACUGGGCGCAACGGAACUCUCCACUUCAAGCUUGCGUUGGAGGAUAUGGAUUCAGCCGACAGUUACGAAGACGUACAAUUCGCAUACCGUCCGCAGCUGGACGCCAGCCGCGAUGGCGAUUUGAUAGAGGUUCUUCCUGACUAUCUCACCGAAGAGAUCACAUUCCCUCGAAAUCAGGCGUCCAAAUUCUAUGCCAGAGUAAUAAAAUCAUUAAUGGAUCGUUUGGAUUAGGAUUGUAUGAUGAAAAUAGAAAUAGAAUCACGGCAGCCGAGCAUUGUGAUUAGUGGAAGCAUGCGCCGAGUAUGCAGAUAUAUUCAUAACAGUUGGAAAUUGACUG